CUGUUCCAACGAUUCGUUCGCCGGCGCCGGCCUUGCAUGCAUGCCUGUCUGUCUGCACAACUCGCCCACCCUCGCUCACUAAAAGCCACGUUCCCAGGCUCUCUCCGACCUUCACUCCACCAUCUCCCCCUCCCCUUGUCACCCUCCAUCCACGUCCUUCGCAAGCCCGCCAUCAUGGUUAACUGGAAACUGUCGUCCCUGCUACUGCUCUCGCUGCAGGCGCUCAAUGCCUUUGCUGAGAUCAAGGUUGAGAACGUCGAAGAGGUCAAAGAAGACCCCGUCACUCCCAAUCUCAAGGUCUCUGUCUCUGCCAGCUUCCCCCAGUCGGAAAUAUUCGGUGUGAAGCUUGUCAAUGGCCAUGCCACCGAAGCCCGCCUGUCCAUCAACAACCAAGAGCCCGAGCCUAUCAGCGUGGCCGUUGUCGGUGGCUCCAUCGUCGACCAAGUCGCUGGCGAGACUCGCAUUCUACGCAACUUGACCACUCAGCGCUACACUCUCCAGAUCCCCGCCGGCGAGGAGCAGACUGUGACGUACAGCUUCAGCACUGAAAUGCACCCGCAGGAUGUGCGCUUGCAGCUGGUCACUGUUCUUCAGGACAGCAAGAACACCCUCUACACUGUGUCCGCAUACAACGAGACUGUCUCCAUCGUAGAAGCUCCUACCAACUUCUUCGACCCGCAAGUCAUCUUCCUCUACCUUGUCCUCCUUGGAGUCUUCGCCGGAACCGUCUUCUUCAUCUACAACACCUGGAUCACCACAUUCUUCCCUCAGAAGCGUCGCGGCGGUAAGGGUGGCGAGCGCGCCAAGAAGUCCUCCGGUGGUUCCAAGAAGGUCGAUCCCGCCGAGCAGGUCGCUGUUGUUGGCGCUGAUGGUCCCGCUGUCACGAGCUCCAAGGUUUACGACGAGAGCUGGAUUCCAGCUCAGCACCUCAACCGUCCGGAAGCUCGCCGCGUCAAGAGUGGCACCCCCAAGACCAAGGUCAAGGGCUAA